AAUGGAUGGCCUUGGGGAGUCUGGUGUUUCGCACGUGAAACCGGUUGUAAACCGGUUUUUCUGACAGACGUGCGGGUUCGAAAUAUACUGAGGAUCUGAUUCUUUUUGUUCGCAAUAAGUCCCCAUUCCUCAAGAUACAGUUCCUGCAUGUAUCAGGUUGUACGCCCUUUUGAUUCGCGUUUAUAUGUUAAUUGUGAUCAAACUGGUGCAGGUGUUGAAGUGCUACGAAACUUUUAUAUUAGUUUUAGUCACAACACGAUACAUGCCACCAACGUCACCGAUGGGAGUAAUAUCGGAGUCUGCUGCCGCUCAACUUCUAGAUUUUUCUCAGCGCCUCGAUAUUGGACUUCUAGACCGUGUCGUAAACUGUAUGUACCAUGAAGCAGGCGACCAACAAAAAAUCGCAGAGAAAGUCCUGAAUACACUCAAGGAACAUCCGGAUGCAUGGAUGCGCGUGGAUUCGAUUCUAGAAUUCAGUUCAAACCAAGAAACGAAAUAUUUCGCCCUUCAGAUACUCGAAGCAUUAAUCAAAACACGUUGGAAAGUCCUAGCCCGACCACAAUGUGAAGGUAUCAAAAAGUACAUCGUUGGUUUGAUAAUCCAAACAUCGUCCAGUUCGGAGCUCUUGGAGUCGGAAAAGACGUAUCUUGGCAAGUUAAAUAUGAUUCUGGUUGAGAUAUUAAAACAUGAAUGGCCUAAUAAUUGGUCAACAUUCAUUAGUGACAUUGUUGGGGCAAGUAAGACAAAUGAAUCUUUAUGUCAGAACAAUAUGGUCAUCUUGCGUCUCUUGAGCGAAGAAGUUUUUGACUUCUCUUUGGGUCAAAUGACUCAAACAAAAGCCAAACAUUUAAAAGACUCUAUGUGUCAACAGUUCAGUUUAAUUUUUCAGCUUUGUCAAUAUGUCCUGGAAAAUUCCCAAAAUGCAUCUCUAGUUGUGUCGACGCUAGAGACGUUACUUCGUUUUAUGCAUUGGAUUCCCUUAGGAUAUAUAUUUGAAACUAAUCUAAUACAAACCUUAGUAUUUAAAUUCUUCAAUGUCCCUCUGUUCCGAAAUAUUACUUUAAAAUGCCUUGCAGAAAUAGCGGGUGUAUUAGUUGACGAAUAUGAUACCCAGCUAGUAGAACUGUUUGUUUCUACUACCGAAAAGCUAAAAGAAAUGUUGCCUUUAGAAACACGACUAAAAGAGGCGUACGAGCGCGGAAGUAAUGAUGAACAGAAUUUUAUCCAAAACCUGGCAAUUUUUUACACAACAUUCCUCAAAGGUCAUAGCAGUCUCGUCGAGAAACCUGAGCUUAUUUGGAAAUUACAAGAUGCUUAUGCUUAUCUUUUGAUGCUCUCGGAAGUCGAAGAAAGGGAAAUAUUCAAGAUUUGUUUAGAAUACUGGAAUAUUUUAGUUUCUGAUUUAUAUCGAGAAAGUCUUACAACUACGGUAGUUGGAACAUUGGCUGAAUCCACCACUGGUGAAGGUCGAAGUAAACAAUAUGCACCAAUUUUGUCUAAGGAAUUGCUUAACAGUUUGGACCUAUUAACACCAUAGGAUGUCUUUUGUUUAUAGAAGGAAUAACCGUGUUAUCAUCGUACAUUUCCGCUGUUGGUUAGCUACCAAAUCCAAUAGGUCAAGUUUUUGUGUCACGUCAUGACUAAAAGUCAUUUAGUUGCAUCAUGGCAACUCGUUUUCUUUACAACCACCGUAAAUACUAUAAGUUUAUCAAUAGUUGUAAAUUAUUUUUGACGACUUUCCAAUUCUCAGCUUCGAAGAAUCAUGAUCUCACGCAUGGCUCGUCCUGAAGAAGUACUUGUAGUUGAAAAUGAACAUGGUGAGGUUGUCAGAGAGUUUAUGAAGGAUACAGACAGUCUUAAUUUGUACAAGAGCAUGCGCGAAACAUUGGUAUACCUAACUCAUUUAGAUUAUUCUGAUACAAAGAAGAUUAUGAUCGAGAAGUUGCAACAUCAAGUAGAUGGACGAGAGUGGUCAUGGCACAACCUUAACACACUUUGUUGGGCGAUCGGUAGCAUCUCUGGUGCUAUGCAGGAAGACGACGAAAGAAGUUUUCUAGUUAUUGUAAUUCGAGACCUUCUUGGACUGUGUGAACAAAAACGGGGCAAAGAUAAUAAAGCUAUUGUUGCGAGCAAUAUCAUGUACGUUGUUGGUCAAUACCCUCGAUUUCUGCGCGCACACUGGCGAUUCUUAAAAACUGUAAUUACAAAGCUUUUUGAAUUCAUGCACGAGACACAUGAAGGUGUGCAAGAUAUGGCUUGUGAUACUUUCAUAAAAAUUGCUCAGAAAUGUCGGCGACAAUUAGUAACUGUACAGGUACGUGCGCUUUUAUAAAUUAUUGGUUGCAUUAUGUAAACACUAUGUAUCUUCGUUUACAUUUCUCUUUCAAAAUAUGUGGCGUGUAUUUUUAUAAUCAACCAAUUUAUAAAUAAGUUUUGCAGACUAUACGUCAGGAAUUGUUACAGGAAUUCCUUUAUGCAGUUACGAAACUGAAUUUACUUUCUCAUGCACGUUUUAUAAUUUGACAAAAUCAGUCAGUCAGUUACAACGUUAGGACCAGGCACAUACAUGCAUCAGUCCAAGUUGCCACACCUCAUUAGCACAGCAAGACGAACACCGGAUUCAUAGAAGCAGUUAACUCAAUGGUGUAAUAUAUAGAGGAAAGACUGCAUAUAAGGAUAUAGUACAGGAAGAAAGAAUUAGUUCGUAGAAAGGAAGAUAUGAAAUAAUUUUAGUCUCAUAGUUUAAGCGAAGACAAAGAGUGUAUACACCUACACCAUUGUGAUCGAUUCUGAGCCAUGUCACACAGAGUCUCCAAGUCAGUAAGUCAGUUAAACUAAGCGUGGUACCUGGUAAGUACGUAUAGCAGUUCAAGUUGCCAUACACCAUUGGCAUAGUCAGAUGAAAUUCUUAGGGAAAGGCCCAGAGUAGUAGAGAUGAUAACAACAUCAGUGAUAUUAGAAAAGAAGACACAGAAGAUACGAUUCAAGGAAAUAUAAAUUCGUGAAAUAUUAAGAUUAUAAGAGAUUCAGAAGCUUAGUAUCUGAAGAAAAACAAUGAGUCCAUCUGCGCCAUUGCAAACGAUUUUGAGCCGUGUCAUUUAAGGUCUCUGAGUAGUGGUUACAAUAAUCACGUGGAUGCCUAAUAAAGACUCGUGAACUGCAAAGACGAAAAAAUCAGAUUGGCUUCAGGCUUGGUCGUGGCUAUAUCGACCACACAUUCACCAUUCGUCAUAUUUUAGAACACAGAGAUCCUUAUCGGUGUCCAACAAUAGUGGUCUUUCUUGACUUAUAAGCAACACUUGACUGUAGAUCGAGAGGUUUUGUGGCAUUGUUUGUCAUUGAAAAGUGUACCUCAGAAAUACAUAGACCUUGUGAAGGCUCUUUACUCGAACACUACUAAUCGAGUCAGAGCUUAUGGCGAACUAUCAUCUCGUUUUGUGUAACCUCAAGUAGUGUCUGACAAGGCUGUCCAUUAUCUCCAUUUUUGUUCAAUUUCAUAAUAGACCUACUACUGAUCAACCCUAAUGGGUUGAUGUCUGACGAAAUCUCAGCACGGAUUCGAAAAACUCGUUCGGCUUCUGCCAACUUACGUCACCUGUGGCGAAGGCGAGAUAUCCGUCUAUCAUUUAAGGGAUGAGUAUACUGCGCGGCAGUUCAUUCUAUUCUACUUUACGGCUGCGAAACAUGGCCAUUAAGAGUAGAAGAUACUCGUAAGUUGCUAGUAUUUGAUCACAGAUAUUAGAAAUAUUGCCAGCAUCUGCUGGGAUUACCGGGUAAGUAAUAGUGAGGUUAAACACUGGGUAUUAGAGAAUGAUGGUAAAUCGGUUGAUGAGGUUGUGAAUAUUCAUCGAAUGAGACGCGUGGGCCACGUGUUAUGUAUGCCUGAACACCGAUUACCACGACGUGGAAUGUUGACUAGUGUUGAAGACGGAUGGAAGAAAGUUAGGGGCGACCAAACCAAAACGUGUCAUCAGUGCUUGAAGUCACUAACUUCUGGUCUGAGCCAUAUUGAUAGGUGCAGAAUACUUGAUUUGGGUCCGUGCGACUAUUGUAACCAGUAGUUGGAGACUCUGGGUGACAUGGCUCAAAAUCGAUCACAAUGGCGUCGGUGUAUACACUCUUUGUCUGCCCUUAAACGGCGGGAUUAAAAUUGCUUUAUACCUCUACGAACUAAUUCUUUCUUCCCUUAUUAUAUCCUUAUACACAAUCUUUAUUUUAUAUGUUACUACCAUUGAAGUAACUACUUCUAUGAAUUUGGUGUUUAUCUUGUUGUGCUAAUGAGGUGUGGCAACUUGGACUGAUGCAUAUACAUGUCUGGUCCUACGUUGUUGCUGAUUGACUGAUACAUGUUAAAAUGGCUCAGUACAAUUGUCAAUGACUUUAUGGAUUGGUGCCACGUCUUAGUUUGAUCGCCCCUAGCUUUUUUCCAAUCUACUACUACACCAGACAGCACCGCUCGUCGAGGUGGAUGGCGGUUGGGGAUAUGUGAGAUAUGACCCAACCACCUCAGUUGAUGAAAAUGUUCUACCUCAUCAGCCGAUUUCCCAUCUUUACCUAGUACUUUAUUCCGAACCUAAUCAUUGCUUACUCCGUGGUCCCAAAGUACGCGAUCAAUGCUUUGUAAACACCUAUGAUCGAAUACCAGCAACCUACGAAUAUUCUCCAUUCCUAAUCACCAUGUUCCACAUCUAGAAAUUAGGACGGAGCAAACUGCUGCGCAGUAAACUCGUCUUUCAGCUGAAAUAUGGCUAUGUCGCUUAUUCCACAAGUAACGCAAGUUGGCAUAAGCCAGUCAAUCCCUCUGAAUCCAUGACGAGUUUUCGUUGGACACAAGACCAUCUGUACUGAUGAAACGCCCAAGACAAGCAAAGCAGUCGAUACGCUCAACUACUUUAUUCCCUAUCAUUAAUCCAAGCGCUAAUAUAACUCAAUCCUUAAGCAACAUCUAGAAUUUUGAGGGUAAGUAUUGUAUCCCAAACAUGCCUACAUUGUCACAAGGUGGCCAAAAGGCUUUUAACAGCGUCUUCAUCAAACGGAACUUUGCCAUCUGCACACUCCAAGUUGACAAGUUAGUCUCCUGGUAAUUCAACCCCCGAAUAGUCAAAUAACGAGUGUUGCUUCUAAAAUACACGUCCAUGUUCCAGAAUCGGCCGAAGGGUGAGUAUUUGGUGUGCUCAUCCACGUCCUAGUCUGAAACCAGUUUGACUUCUUCGGGUUCACUCUUCGCGAACUCUAGUUAGGUGUUGAAGUAUUAUUUUAGAGAUUAUAUUACUUAAACUGAUUCCUCUGUGAUUGCUACAAGUCUAUUUUUGUCCUUUCUUCUAGAUUGGGUCGACUCAGUUUCCAUAUUCUAAAAUCUUAGUUAGUCUAACUGCUCAAACUGAACCAUCAUCCUUACAAAUUUCAAUGGUUAAUCCAUCAGGCCCUGCUGUUCCCCUUAGCUUUAGACUGCGUAUGGCCUUUUCUCUUGGAUGUAGAGUGAAUAACAGUCCCAUUUUUUCCCGAAGUAGUUUUGCUAAUACUCUGGUUUUUAAUAUCUGUUUCUUCGAAUAGUCAUCUGUUGUUACUUAUCGCCACUGUCGUUUCUAUCUCAUUUGCUUUCGCUACCCACCACCAUGGCAAAACCUACAAGAUUAUGUAUUUCGGUCGUUAUAGCUUGGUUGAGUCAUCACGAUAGCCAAGCUCGAUCACUACAUCAUGGUAUCAACCACAAAACUUUGUUUUUGUGACAUUUAUAUUCAAAUCUCAUUACUAACUAGGUAUUAUUUACAUAAUUUAACUCAAUAAAAAUAUCUUUCAUAUCAUUCUUAAUUAUUAAUAACAGUCUCAGAUGCCGACUAGGCGGGUUUUUAUUCUAUAUAUUCAUAAACGUUAAACUAUCACAUUCUAUACAAUUGCCUAAGUCUGGGUAGCUGAUGACGAUUUCGACCACCUUAAUUUAUGCUUGACUCACUGAAAGAUAUAGUAUAAUCUGUGUUAUUUUUACGUAAAGAAUACAUAAUGAUACCAUACAUAUUACAUUUUUGUUGAGGGCUUUUACAGAUUUGUUUGACUUCCAUUUAUCUUCGAGUAACUUGAAAGCCAACCAGUAAACCUUGGAAAAAACUGUGAAGUUUUUAAUGAAAUAUGGUCAACUUCGUACCAUCCAACACAUAACAAGCACCAUUUGUUGCAAUAUUACAGAUAAACCGUUCUCCAGUUGUUUGACAAUAAUAAGAAUUUUCCUGAUAAGAUUUCUGAUCUUUAGAAUUUUCUGUCUGAAACAUUUUAUUCCAGCCGACUUCAGUUAGCGAGUCGAUGAAUGUGGAAGUAAGGUGACAUUUCAUAUUCUCAUGAAGAUUGUCGACUAGUUAUAAACAUGUUUCCACACUUCAUUAUUCUGUUCAUUUGUAAUGUAUUAAUAAUUCGAUUCCGGUUUUACUGUACAAUUCUUGUACUUUUCUUAUUCGGAUAGUACGGAGAAGCAGUUGAAUUUAUUGAAGAGAUUUUAAAGGAAAUUGAUAUCAUAAUCAAUGAUUUACAACCUCAACAGGUUCACACAUUUUAUGAAGCCGUAGGAGUGAUUAUCAGUGCCCAACUUGACUCAGCUGUUGAAGCUAGACAGAUAGAACGACUUUUUCGAUUACCCAAUCAAAUUUGGGAUGGGAUUCUCGUUCAAGCUGCAUGCAAUAUUGACCUGUUAAGAGACUUUGAAGUUGUACAACAGCUUUGUAAUUUACUGAAAACAAAUCACAGUGCUUGCAAAUCCCUCGGACAUUCUUAUCUUGUUCAGCUUGGUCGCAUUUACCUGGACAUGUUAAAUGUUUAUAAGAUAAUGUCCCAAAAUAUUGGCCAGGCUGUGGCUACCAAUGGAGAGCAAGUGACAAAACAACCACUUAUUCGCAGUAUGCGAUCAGUCAAGAAAGCGAUAUUGAAUCUUUUAUCUUGUUGGAUAAAAAGGACUACUGACCCUGUUUUUGUGGCAGAGAACAUUUUACCUCCGCUAUUAGAUGCCGUAGCUGACGACUACCAAAAAAAUCUUCCUGCUGCUCGAGAGGCCGAAGUUUUAAGCUUAAUGGCUACCCUUGUUAAUCGUCUUGAAGACCAUAUUCUCCCAGCUCUGCCUCGUGUUUUAGAUGCGGUCUUUCAGUCUACUCUAGAGAUGAUCGAUAAAGACUUGGAAGAAUUUCCUGAACAUCGAACUAAUUUUUUCACUCUUCUACAGGCUGUAAAUGCGCAUUGUUUUUCCGCUUUGUUAAGCUUAACAUCUGAUAAGUUCAAACUGAUUUUAGAUAGCGUUAUUUGGGCAAUCAAACAUACUAUGCGACAAGUCUCAGAAACGGGACUCAAUAUCCUGCAUACAAUGCUUGUAAAUAUGUCUAGCGCGAACUCCGAAAAACGCCAGGUAUUCUUUAAAACAUUCUUUAUGGAUAUUCUUCAACAUAUGUUUGCUGUCAUUACUGACCGCUCCCAAACAGGAAGUGAGUAUUUGACAAACCCAGUAACUUCAAUCUGUAUGGUCAGUUUUUUGUUUACUUUAAAGUUCAUAGAUAUUUCAUUUCCCAAAGCAAACUGGAUUUGUCUA